AUGAAUGGGUCAUCUACAGCGCUCAUAGACACUACAGGGGAAGCGCUAGCGACAUCCCGACUCCUUGGCUCUUCAGUCGGCUCAAUAUCCUCACCACGCAAAGCCAAAUCAGAGAUAUCAAAGGUGUAUAAACAGGCCGAGGCUCUUUUCGUAACUCGCAGAUUUGCUGAAGCUCUGUCAAUCAUUGAGCCACUGAUCACUGUUCCCCACCCCCAGGAUGUUGCACCCAACGACGAAGCGACUGCUAAUGUCGCCCCAAUCGCUAGAGCAAGCCCAAGAUUGAGGAUCAAGGUGUGGAGUUUCUAUCUUAGCUUGCUCAACGCUGUUGCCGAGUUAGGCCCGGACAAUGGGAAGACAGAAUUUGGAGGCAGGGAAUGGAGGAACCUUGUCGCCAAGGCUCAAGAGGGGACAAUAUGGGAUGAGGUUGUUGACAUAGGUUAUGGUGGUAUGGAGGGAAAUGUCGAUGCAGACGUGGUCUUCAAUCUAGCAUCGCUUCUACUAGCCCAAUCUACCAUACAGGCGGGCAAUCAACGACACCUCGAGUCAUACCUUUCCGCAUCGAGCCACCCGAGCCUUGACUUGACGGAUCGAUUCAAAGCUUUGAAUCCCUCCUAUGCUCCGCAUGAUGGUCAUAUCUCUCAAAGCGGUGGAACGGAUACUACGCGAGAUCUGAUUGCUCGAGUAAGGAUCAUAGAACUCUUCACCCUUCACGUGCUGCCUCGCACAGGAGAGUGGAACUACGCCCGCGACUUCAUCAACAUGAGUGAGGUCCUAGACGAGGAAGUUCGCGAAGAAUUCUUACAAACACUGCGAACCCUUGAGGACGAGGAUAACAAGGGUCAAGAUCACUUCGAAGACGCUUUGCCCCAACAAGACGAGCUGACCGAGCAAGAACCCUUGCCGGUCGAGGAGACGAGGCCGGAUAGUAUGGAGACACUACGGCAGGAACCAUCAGUAACUCAUCACAGGUCAGAUGGCGAGCAGGAUUACGGCAUUGACAAACCUCGCGCUCCACCAGAUGCUCCUAGAUUCCAGCCAGUACCUCCAAAAGCUGACUCAAAGCCCGCCAAAGCUGUACAACCCACAACUUCCCGCUCACCACCAAUAAAAUCGACCGGAAAGCCAACCAAGAAUAGCAGUAUCUACAAGCGCAGCGCUGCAGUCUUAUCUGCUCUCCAGCAGCUGAUCAAGAACAUGCCAGAACAAAUGUCUCAGAAUCCAAUGUCUCUGCUUCGAUUCGUGCUCUUCCUGAUAGGCUUGAUAGUGGCAUUCAGCCGGCGCGAUGUCAAAAAUAGGCUCGGUAGACUGACAGGUGCGGGAUGGGACAAGGUCAAGAGGACAGUAGGAAUGGGAGUAAAAGUUAGCUAUCUUUAG